AUGACGCGAAAGCGACGGAGAUCCGGCAAGACCGUGCCCAAGAAGUCCAACGCCGCCGGCCUAACGGCGCUCGCGCUCUGCUUCACCAGGCAACUACAACUACAAGCGCCGCCCGCCGCCGUCGUCGCGGGGGAGCCGGCGGGCGGCCCUAGCGCCGCUGCGGCCGCCGCCAACCUCCUCUUCUCGCCGGUGGCCGUCUACGCGGCGCUAGCGCUGCUGGCGGCCGGCGCCCGCGGCGGCACGCUCCAGGAGCUCCUCGACGCGCUCGGCGGCGACUCCCGCGACGACCUCGACGCGUUCGCCCGCCGCGCCGCGGAGCGCGCGGUCGCGGACCGGUCACGGUCGCUGUCGGGCGGUGGGCCCGCCGUCGCGUUCGCGUGCGGCGCGUGGCUCGACGCGGCGUGGGCGCUCCUGCCGGCCUUCCGCGACGCCGAGGCGCGCGCCGUCGACUUCGGUAACGAGCCGGAGAAGGCAGUAGGCGAGAUCAACGGCUGUUUGGCGGCGGCGACCAACAAUCACAUCGACUCCAUCCUCGAUCCAAGUUCAGUGGACACACGCACAACCCUCGUGCUCGUCGAGAAGGUAGCCUCUGGCCCCGGGUUCUGGCACUACCGCCUGCCGACCUCGCAGGUCCCCGUCGGGGACUUCCGGCUGCCCAAGUUCGAGGUGUUCGCCUCUGGUAGCGUGAGGGAGGCCCUGAGUGACGGCAUGGGGAUCAAGUCCGCUUUCGUUGCCGGCGAAGCUGACCUGGCCGACAUGGCGGCCAAGCGCGACGAGGACGCUGACACUGCUGGCACGCCGCUGUACGUUGCGGACGUCUGCCAUAAGGCAGUGAUCGAGGUGAACGAGGGAGGCACCGUUGCCAAUGGUGCCACUGCUAGCUACAUGCUCUGUGGAGCAAGUGCGGUGAUGGAUCAGCCGGUGAAGGUGGAUUUCGUUGCUGACCACCCGUUUGUGUUCUUUGUGAUCGAGGAGGUGUCUCGUGCUAUCGUCUUUGUUGGCCGCGUCCUUGACCCUUCAAUUUCAGGGUGA